CUUCAAACUUGUAUAAAUCAACCCUCUUUAACCCAAAGUACUUACAACUUCACUGCUUCAUUGUAUACUUUAAGAGAAUAAUUUUUUUUAAUCAUGGCGGAGAAGGAAGGAGGAAUCGUGAAGAAAGGCCACGAGGAGGGACUGGCAUUGGCGACCGCCUUGCUCAAGGAGUUUGAACUUCCGCUAGGGCUUUUGCCACUUGCUGAUGUGGUCGAAGUUGGCUUUGUGAGGACCACCGGCUACAUGUGGAUCGUCCAGAAGAAGAAGGUCGAGCACAGCUUCAAGUUGAUCGGUAAGCUUGUGAGUUACGACACUGAAAUCAAGGGCUAUAUUGAGAAGCAGAGGAUUAAGAAGCUCAAGGGAGUGAAGGCUAAGGAGCUCAUGCUAUGGCCUCCCGUCAGUGAAAUAAUUGUUGAUCAGCCCGCCAGAAAAAUCAACUUCAAGAGCCUUGCCGGUAUCACCAAGACUUUCCCGGUCGAGGCAUUCGCUGCCGGGCAGUAAUGUGUGUCGACUGGUAACGUUCAGUAGGUGCCUCCAUUUCAUCAGUUCACAACUUCAUUUUUCUGACUGGGGAAAGCCUGUUUCCUCCUCUCUUUUCCCCGUCGUUUUUGUCUAAAUCAGUGGCUGUAUUUUGAUGUGGCUUCUGAUUGUGGUCUCCUACUAGAGAAAUAAAAAUUCAGUUGAUGAUAGUUAAAAUUUAGAGACUUUCUUAAAAAAGCUACAUAAAAUUAAGAUGAU